GGUCGAUGUCACUUGCAUGAGCGACUUGCAACUGCUGGUCGCAGCUGACUGUAAGCUGUAAAUCACUCCACUCAUAGCGAUUCGCAACACGAACACUCGCAGAGUAUCUCCCUACGGUCAAAACUAGUCCGGGAUGUCUUGCCUAGCACCCCGACACCUAUUACGACCCAUAUCGAGGCUACGCACCUUGUCCCGAAGAUCGUACUCUUCUCAACCAGACCUCUCAGCGCUUCCGCUUUCGGUUCGAGAAUGGAUGGACACAUUGACCUCCGCUCCGCCCAGGAUCAACAAGGAUCUCGUCGACUUGUCCCGUGCGCAAGCUAUUCAUGCGACUCUUCCCACCCGCUCCGGACAUGAAGAGGCAUUUGGAGAAAAAGGUGGAAGACGGCCGGAGAUGGGGGAAGAGCUGGGGAAAGGGUGGACGCUGUGUUAUCAUUGGGAUAUGGGGUCCGUACAGGAUUUGGGAGAGGACGGGACGAGUAGAUCGUUCAACGCCCCACCACCCUACACCCGCCGAAUGUGGGCAUCAGGCUCGUUCUCCUUCCCCCACUCCACCUCCACCUCGCAAAAACCCCUGUCGAUCGGGGAUACUUCGGUGGAGACUACCCGGAUAAGCAAGAUCGAGUACAAGCCGAAGAAGGAUUUGGUGUUCGUACAUCAGGAAAAGGUUUAUAAGCGGGAAGAUUCCAGAGAGGGCUUGGUGAACGAGAAGAGGGUGCAUGUUUUCCGACGGCCCGUUGAAAAGGCGGAUUCGAAUUCGAAGACGGAUUUCAAUGCACGGGCACGAGCUGUACCACCAUCCACAUCAUCGAUAACAGCGGAAGCCCGACCUCCUCCAUCAUCUUCUUCUUCGUCACCACCUCCACCUUCCCAGCCCAACCCAGACCGGACCUUCCAAUUCAGAUUCACCUACACCCCAACGCCCUCUCACUUGUUCCGUUUCUCCGCGUUGACGUUCAACGGGCAUAAGAUUCAUUACGAUCCCAUCUGGACGAGGGAGGUAGAGGGUCAUCCGAAUAUCGUCGUCCAUGGGCCGUUGACGGCGUUGUUGUUGAUGGAGUGCGUGGGGAGGUGGAUCGAGGAAAAUUUGGAUCGGAGCGACAGCCAGCGUGUGGAUCCAAAGAAGGGCGCGGCGGCGCUACGGCACUACGAGUACCGAGCUGUUAGUCCGAUGUACGCUGACGGCAACCCGAUCACGUUUUAUGGUCGAUAUUUGCCGGCUCCUGAGGUGUCGGAGGAUGCUCGGGAGGGUUCGGAGGCUCGUGAGAGGCAGAUGGAGGUCUGGGCUGAACAAGGGGGCACGGUAGGGAUGCGGGGGAUGGCUACGAUCGGUCUGUAGUGAUCAAUCAGUACGAGAUAGAGAGGUGCAUGAUCGAUUACCAUGCAUGAUAUCACCAACUAUGACUGUUAUAGAUGACAUGGCAUACACUAGACAUCAACAGUUUCCAAUCGAUCGAUCAUUGACAACUGAUAUCAACAGUUUCCAAUCCAUCGAUCAUUGACAACUAAUAUCAACAGAAUACACUCAAAUAACAUGGUGUAUUUCACAAAGACAUCGCACACACAUCGGCUCCCUCUUAGCUCAGUUGGUAGAGGCUACACGGGUUCACGUCCCUG